AUGCGCAUGACAUCGAAGAAGCAACAAAGCCAAGAAUGCUUCCAGAUGAGAACUACAGAUCAUCGAACCCGAGAGGGACUGAUUGAGCAGUUCUAUGAAGUCAUCGCAGAGUUGUACCGCAAGACAAGCGAUGACUCAAGAAGUGAAGUGAGCCAUGAGCGGGCAAGAAUUAUGAACAAGGGUUGA